UCCACUGUGGGCCAAUAAAAAGCCACAGCGCCCUGUCUGGACCCCUCCUGCUGCUCUUACGUAGGAGACAACCACGCCUCAUCAACACUCGACUUCUCGACUUCUCGCUUUUCUACAACCAACUUGCCAUCCUCGCCUGUCUUGCAUACCUGAGCUGGUCCCCCUUCUUCUGAAUCGAUCAGUCUCGUGCGCUUUAUUCUCUUCGCUUCUCUCCUCCUCUAUAUGCACUCUCUUCGAGUCCAGCACUAGGAGCUUGGACUUGUCUCAUUUCAUAGUAGAAAGCCUUGCCCUGCAGCAAGGCUUUCACCUGGGAGACAUUCAACAUUCAUUCACACGUCGAUAUUCCUAAAACUGCGACGCCUAGAAAGCGAAAAACCUCGGAGGACCAAGAAGUCGCUCGGCCGGAUAAGAAGAUCAUGACGGACGCCAAGAUGCAACUCGACAACGCACAGGAAACGGUGGAGCUGAUCAAACAUGGGGAAAUCGACGAAUCGCUCUACAGCAGGCAACUAUACGUUCUAGGGCACGAGGCUAUGAAACGAAUGGGAUCGUCGAAUGUCCUCGUCGCUGGUUUGAAAGGUCUUGGUGUCGAAAUCGCCAAAAACAUUGCCCUUGCCGGCGUGAAGUCACUCACUUUAUUCGACCCCGCCCCCGUCGCCAUCUCGGAUCUAUCCUCCCAAUUCUUUCUUCAGCAACAGGACGUUGGAAAGCGCCGUGUGGACGUGACUGCACCUCGCGUUGCAGAGCUUAACUCAUAUGUACCUAUUACAGCCUUUGAAUCGGACAGCCUCACCGCCGACCUCUCCCAGCUUAGACGCUUCCAAGUCGUCGUUCUCACCAACACCUCGCUCAAAGAUCAGCUCACCAUUGCGGAUUUUUGCCACAACAAUGGGAUUUACAUUGUUAUUGCAGAUACAUUUGGUCUCUUUGGAUACCUUUUCAACGACUUCGGGAAGAACUUUACAGUUGGUGAUGCCACUGGUGAAGAUCCCGUGAGUGGCAUUAUCGCCGAUAUUGACGAGACAGGGCUUGUUUCUGCGCUUGACGAAAGUCGGCACGGCUUGGAAGACGGUGAUUAUGUCACUUUCACCGAAGUCAAGGGGAUGGAAGGUCUCAAUAGCAGUGAUCCUCGCAAAGUAACUGUCAAGGGUCCUUAUUCAUUUUCUAUUGGAGACGUCUCUGGCCUCGGCAAGUACCAGGGCGGCGGUCUCUUUAACCAAGUUAAAAUGCCCAAGUUCAUUGACUUUGAGUCUUUCCAAGAGCAAUUGAAGAAACCAGAGCUUCUCAUUUCCGAUUUUGCCAAAUUUGACCGACCUCAACAAUUGCACAUCGGUGUACAGGCCCUUCAUCAUUUUGCCGAGGCCCAUAAUGGCGAAUUCCCUCGACCCCAUAAUGAAGACGAUGCUGAAGAGGUCCUCAAGAUCGCUAAAGAUUUAGCGAGUCAAGGCGAAGAGAAAGUUGGACUCGACGACAAGAUUAUCAAAGAGCUUAGCUACCAGGCACGGGGAGAUCUCAACCCACUGGCUGCUUUGUUCGGUGGCCUCGUAGCUCAAGAAGUUCUGAAGAGUGUGUCUGGAAAGUUUCAUCCAGCGGUGCAGUGGCUCUACUUUGAUUCGUUGGAAUCUUUGCCUGAUUCAGUCACUCGCAGUGAGGAAACUUGCAAACCUCUUGGAACUCGCUAUGAUGGCCAAAUUGCCGUGUUUGGAAAGGAAUUCCAGGACAAGAUUGGCGACUUGAAUACAUUCUUGGUCGGAGCCGGUGCUAUCGGCUGUGAAAUGCUUAAGAACUGGGCGAUGAUUGGUCUUGGCGUUGGACUCAAGGGCAAGAUUCGUGUUACUGACAUGGAUCAAAUUGAAAAGAGCAAUUUAAACCGACAAUUCUUGUUUCGCCCUAAAGAUGUUGGCAAGCUUAAGAGUGACUGCGCCUCUGCUGCAGUCCAAGCCAUGAACCCUGAAUUAAACAACAAGAUUGUCACGCUUCGGGAUCGUGUCGGCGCUGACACUGAGCAUAUCUUCAACGAGGAGUUCUGGGGUGAACUAGACAUUGUUACCAAUGCAUUGGACAACGUAGAUGCCAGAACCUAUGUUGAUCGUCGCUGUGUCUUCUUCCGCAAACCACUUUUGGAGAGUGGGACUUUGGGCACCAAGGGCAACACACAAGUUGUUCUGCCGCAUAUCACAGAAUCUUACUCUAGCUCUCAGGAUCCUCCCGAGAAGUCAUUCCCAAUGUGUACUUUGAAGAGCUUCCCCAACCGGAUUGAACAUACUAUUGCAUGGGCUCGCGACUUAUUCCAGACAUACUUUGUUGGCCCUCCAGAAGCCGUUAACCGUUACUUGUCUGAGCCAAAUUACAUUGAGCAAACGCUGAAGCAGGCCGGCAAUGAGAAACAAACCCUUGAACAUCUCCGUGACUUCUUGGUAACGGAAAAGCCUCUCAGUUUCGAUGACUGCAUUGUUUGGGCUCGCAACCAAUUCGAGUUUCAGUACAAUAAUGCUAUUCAACAGUUGCUUUACAAUUUCCCACGAGACUCGAAAACUUCUUCUGGUCAGCCUUUCUGGUCAGGCCCCAAGCGUGCUCCUACUCCUCUCAAGUUCGACAGUUCUAACCCUACACAUCUGUCAUUCGUCAUUGCUGCAGCUAACCUGCAUGCGUUCAACUACGGAAUCAAAGCUCCUACAGCAGACAAGGAAUACUUUAAAAAGGUCGUUGACAACAUGAUUAUUCCUGAGUUUACCCCUAGUUCCAACGUCAAGAUUCAAGCUGAUGACAACGAACCCGAUCCAAAUGCUCAGCCCUCAGGAUCCAACGAUGGUGAGGAAAUUCAAGGGCUGGUAGAUUCGCUACCCGCGCCAAAAGCUCUUGCCGGCUUCCGUUUAGUGCCUGUUGAGUUUGAAAAGGAUGAUGACACCAACUUCCACAUUGACUUCAUUACGGCUGCUAGUAACUUGCGAGCAGAAAACUACGAAAUCCAACAAGCCGACCGACACAAGACCAAAUUUAUUGCUGGCAAGAUUAUUCCAGCCAUUGCAACAACCACGGCUCUUGUGACUGGUCUGGUUAUCCUAGAAUUGUACAAGAUCAUUGAUGGCAAGAAGGAUAUUGAGCAAUACAAGAAUGGCUUCGUCAACUUGGCACUGCCGUUCUUCGGUUUCAGUGAGCCGAUCGCAAGCCCCAAGGGCAAGUACCAGGGCAAGAAUGGUGAAGUCACUAUUGACAAGCUCUGGGAUCGUUUCGAGGUGGAUGAUAUUCCGCUAUCCGACUUCUUGAAACACUUCUCAGACCUAGGCUUAGAAGUAACCAUGGUCAGCUCUGGAGUUAGCCUGCUCUAUGCCAGCUUCUACCCACCGUCGAAAUUGAAAGACCGAUACCCACUCAAGAUGACCAAAUUAGUAGAGCACAUCAGCAAAAAGCCUGUCCCUGAGCAUCAAAAGAAUGUUAUUUUCGAAGUCACGGCAGAGGACCAGACGGAAGAAGAUGUUGAGAUCCCAUAUGUGAUGGUGAAGUUGUAACUUUCACAGAUGAUUGACCAUUUGGAAACGAUGCUGGAUACUGGUACACCGGUUAGGCUAUGACAGAACGACUUACAAUGUUUGGGUUCCUGGAUAGUAUAGUAUUAUUAUUCAGCACACAAUAUGAAUAGACUUGCUUACGAAUAACUAAA